AUGAAGCCGUCGGCGCUGAAACAGCAGUAUAGCUCCGUCCGGCGAGGUUUUGGUGGUGGUUUGCGAGGUGGUGGUGGCGGCGACGCCAUUUCGCCGCCGCACGGUGGCAGAGUGGCCGCCGCCGCCAUGGCGGAGUCUCCUUUCGCAUUCGUCAGGUCGUCUCCUGCUUCGGCAUUCUUUCUCCUGAUCCACGGCGUAUGCUGCCUUGUGAGCCUCGUCGUCGGGUUUCGGUUCUCCCGACUCAUCUUCUUCCUUCUCUUCUCGAAUCCUUACUCCCACCUCCAUUCCUCCGACGGUCUUCGUCUCCGGAGCUCUGUCGCUUCGUCCCUGGACUCCCCUCCGAUGCCGCCUCUUUCGGAGUUGUCCGAUUUCUCCGGGACGGUCUCGAAUGGCGCCGUGAAGGGCGUCGGUAGCAGAGUGGUGGUCGGUAGGCACGGGAUCCGGAUCCGGCCGUGGCCGCAUCCCAACCAGGAGGAGGUGAUGAGGGCGCAUCUGAUCCUGAGGAGGGUUCAACAGGAGCAGCGCGCCCAGUACGGCGUCAAGAACCCUCGCCGCAUUAUAGCGGUAACGCCCACCUAUGUUCGUACUUUCCAGACCCUCCAUCUCACUGGAGUGAUGCACUCCCUUAUGCUGGUCCCCUACGACGUCACCUGGAUCGUCGUCGAGGCAGGCGGCGCCACCACCGACGAGACGGCUGCGCUGAUUGAUCGCUCGGGACUGGAGGUCAUCCACGUGCCAUUCCAUGCAGACAUGCCUGUCGAGUGGGCCGAGCGUCACCGCAUGGAGGGCCGGAUGCGCGUCCAUGGCCUCAGGUAAUGGAGAAUCUCUCAGUAGUUGUCGACCAAUUUAGUGUGAGAUUCUUUUGUUGGACUCUAACUAGGCUGGAAUUCCGCACCAGAAUCAUCAGGGAGAGAAAGCUAGAUGGAUUAGUGGUGUUCCUUGACGACAGCAACAUGCACAGCACAGAACUGUUCGAUGAGAUCCAAUCAGUGAAAUGGGCGGGCGCACUGUCGGUGGGGAUUCUCACCCACUCUGGGUGUUCUGGCUCAUCGUGUACAGAUGAACAAGAGAUCAGGAAAAUGGACCCGUCGAUGCCCAUUCAAGGCCCUGCCUGCAACUCCUCGGGUGCAUUUGUGGGACUGCAUACUUUCAGCGCUCUGCCUUAUGCUGGGGCCAGUGCAACAUACGUUGGGGACCAUGGAAUCAUCGUCCCAAUGAACCUGGAAUGGUCUGGGUUUGUACUAAAUGCAAGGUUACUAUGGAAGGAUGCUGAGGAUAGGCCAGACUCGAUUAAUGAUCUGGACUCCGUGAUGGAGAAUGAAGAGGAGGUCGAUAGUCCCCUAUCAUUGUUCAAGGAUAUGUCAUUUAUCGAGCCCGUUGGUAAUUGUGGGAAGAAGGUUUCCUUGUGGUGGCUUCGUACAGAGGCCAGAACAGACAGCCAGUUUCCACCGAGGUGAGCUUCAUCUGCCAUUUCCAUUAGCUUGUUUAGUACAAGAGAUGGGCAGUCGCAUAGACCGUUUCAUGGAUUAUUUUUUUAUCCGUAGCUUCGCUGCUGUUCGACUAUGAGAGAGACGCACAAAAACCCAAUAGAAUUUCAUGCUCCUUGCAUCUGUGAGCAUGGUUUCGUAAGCAACAGUGAUGAACUUCUCUCUGCCUUGUUUCUAUCUCCGUGUCCCUCUUUUUGAAUAUAGGUAGUCAGGCUCAUGUGAUCCACUACAUCUGCAUAUCCUCAUAUUUCAUUUGUUUCCAAAUUACAUUCACAACCAAGAUCCAUGUUGCAAUGCCCAGUCGCCUGAAUAUGAUUUGGGCUUGUAAAUCAUACAACAAGAUGUAGGCACUUGCUGCCGCUCCUGCAUGGAAUUUUUCCAUGAGCUCUUUUCACAUACCUUCUCUUCCUUGUCCGAGAGCCCACAAAGAAUUAGGCAUGUAAAAACUUUUAGAUAUAUUUUCUGUUUAUUCGUCAUUAUUCUUAAAAACUUAUCAUCUGAAAUUCAUGUCUGGCUAAACGAUGUGACUAGAUAUAACAUGCGCACUUCUUUAUCUAAAAGUCACAGAAGUAUUCAUUAGAACUGAAACCAGAUGAUAGUUCCUGUGAGAACAGACUCAUGGCCUGUCGGCCAGCUUUGAGAAUGAUGGCGUCCCACUUUUUGAAAAAGUUCUCUGUUUUUAUUUUUUUUCUUCAUAUAAGAGCUUUUCUCAUCUUGAUGGUAGUAGAUCUUCACAGUGAUGGAAUCCUUUUAAUUUCAGCCAACUACACCGCCGGUAUCAGUCUUUUCUUCUGUAGCUUUAUCUCCUGAUGAUCUUUCAUCCUCGGUGGAGGGUUCUUCGAGGUUGAAGGAUGCCGUUCCAUCCAAAAACGUCAUUUGUCUAAAUUUUAUAGUCUGCGGUGCUAUGUUAAGGCUAAAUCAGGUCGGAUUAACUUAUAAAAUGAUGCCAAGAUGUAUCCCCCUUCAGAAAUCAUAGCUCUGAAACCUUGGUUCCCACAUAUGGAGCGAUUCAAGUCACAGGAUCAUCUCAGGAUCUAAAUAUUUUUUAGGCAUUCUGCAUAUUCAUUGGACCCAUUAGCUACUACUCUCAUAUAGUUUUCAUUGCAAAUAUGAAGGCAUAUAAUCUAUGGUCGGUCAGUAUUUCAUUCAGGAUACACAUGUUUCUCUUAAUCCAGGGUAGAAAUCAGGGGCUGCCCAAUCAUUUUUAUGCAAAUCUACUGAAUUUUUUAAUCUGUUCUUGAUGCAUUCAGGUGGACAGUGGACUCUCCUUUGGAGAUCACUGUACCUGCAAAGCGGACUCCAUGGCCUGAAGUGAAGCGCCACUCAAAAUCCGGUAGAACCCCAAGAUCAAGGCGCAAUUCCCACAAGAGGAAACGUGAAGCCCCUUGA